CUUGAAACUCUACCACAUACAAAGGCAUGAUCGUAUCUUCUCUCACCAAGCCCACUACUCGCUGCUUCAUCCUCUGCUGCAAAAAUGGCAACUUCCAUUAAAGUCUUUUCGCUUUUCACAAUCCUCUUUACCUGUGAGAUCGACGUCUUCUCCUCCACCACAACGGCCGCGUACUCCAUCGGCGUUAACUACGGGACAGUGGCGAACAACCUCCCUCCUCCGUCACAAGUAGCCACCUUCCUUAAAACUAAAACCACCAUAGACCGCAUCAAACUCUUCGAUGCAAAUGCCGAUAUCCUCAAAGCGUUUGCCAACACCGGCAUCGCCGUCACCGUUACAGUGGGCAACGGCGAUAUUCCUUCACUCGCCAAGCUUCCCGCAGCCCAGUCCUGGAUCGCCAACAACAUCCUGCCUUUUCACCCGCAGACCAAACUCAAUUACAUCGCCGUUGGAAACGAAAUCCUGGCCACGUCGGACAAAUUUCUCAUCGCCCACCUUUUACCCGCCAUGAAAGCUCUUAGAUCGGCUCUGGACAGCGCAAAUGCUUCCACGAUCAAGGUUUCCACGCCGCAUUCUCUCGGAAUUUUAUCGGCCUCGGAGCCGCCGAGUUCCGGUAAAUUCCGCAAAGGAUACGAUAAAGCAAUUUUCGCGCCGAUUUUGGAGUAUCACAGACAAACAAAAUCGCCUUUCAUGGUGAACCCGUACCCGUAUUUUGGUUUCCAGCCUGAAACCCUCAACUACGCCCUGUUCAAGCCAAACGCCGGCGUUUUCGACCCGGUUACGGGUGUAAAUUACACCAACAUGUUUGAUGCGCAGAUGGAUGCGGUUUACUGGGCAAUGAAGAAAGUCGGUUACGAGGACGUGGAGAUCGUGGUGGCGGAGACCGGCUGGCCGUCGGCUGGGGACCCGGGUCAACCCGGCGUGAGCUUGGAGAAUGCACUGUCAUACAACGGAAACCUCGUGAAGCACGUGAACUCAGGUAAAGGGACUCCAUUGAUGCCCAACAGGACUUUCGAAACGUACAUUUUCUCUUUGUUCAACGAGAAUCUUAAGCCGUCUGUUUCGGAGCAGAACUUCGGGUUGUUCAGACCCGAUCUAACUCCAGUAUACGACGUGAGCAUUUCACGUGACGGACAGGUAACCCUUUUCUUCUCCGAUGUAAAUUUACUUAAUCAUGCAAGGAUAGUUUAGUCAGUAACAGUGCAUGCACGCUUCUCCAUGUUAAGGAGAUUUGUCUGGUAGAUAUUCUUUGAAAUUAUUCUUAGACUUUGUUGACCAUGACCAAUACAUUGUUGACACGUGGAAGACAGUAGUCUUGUCUUAUCUCAUUGAAUUGCAGUGAGUGUUUGAAAAAGUAGACAUUGGAGGUCUGACAGACUCCAGCUUUACGUAAAUGGCUAGAAGAAUUUGCUUAGCUAGCUAUACACUGACGGAACUAUUUACUCAUUUUUAUUUGUUUUAAUAUGUUGAUUUAUAAUUCAGCAUUACAUCUCUUGCUAAGUAAUAAUUGUUACGCAAACUG